GUCGGCGCUGCAUGCUGGGAAUAAAAGACCCAAAAUAGGAUUGGCUGAGAUUUUUCCCGGCACCGCCGUCCGCGUAGGCUGGCCCGUGGAAGAAAGGAGGGGACACUGCGCACUUCCUGUAAACGCCUGCAAGCAACGGCCUCGGCGCGUCUCCGCCUCACCAGGAAACUACUAAAGUUCCUGUGGACGCCAAGUAGAAUUUCAUAAGAGCAUAAUGGAUGGAGAAGAGAAAACCUAUGGUGGCUGUGAGGGCCCUGAUGCCAUGUAUGUCAAAUUGAUAUCUUCAGAUGGUCAUGAGUUUAUUGUAAAGAGAGAACAUGCGCUAACAUCAGGAACAAUAAAAGCCAUGUUGAGUGGCCCAGGUCAGUUUGCUGAGAAUGAAACUAAUGAAGUCAAUUUUAGAGAGAUCCCUUCACAUGUGCUAUCGAAAGUAUGCAUGUAUUUUACCUACAAGGUUCGCUACACUAACAGCUCCACGGAGAUUCCCGAAUUCCCAAUUGCACCUGAAAUUGCACUGGAACUGCUGAUGGCUGCAAACUUCCUAGAUUGUUAAAUAAAAUAAAUUAUAAUAAACUGUUAACUCUUUUCAGUAUUUAAUACCUGUAGUUCAGUUAGUAAUUUUUUCAUAUAUAGCAUGUUGCCUGUGUGCAGUUGAACUUUAAAGUUCAUUGCAAAGCAGAUUAUCUUCUGUUCUUUUGCAUAGCGAUCGGAGUUGAAGUUUGUUUGCUAUAUCAACAAAUUAAGGACAUUUUCACAAAUUGAGAAAUAAAGAAAUAUACCAAUUCGUAGGUGGUUUUGCCUUAUCCUUUGGAUGUGAUUUUUUUAAAUUAGAGAAGUGAUGAUACAGUAAAUGCUGAAAUUUAGGCAUAAAUUGAACACGUUCUACAGGUAAAUAAUGGGGCUUCGUAUUUUUAUGUUUUUAGUGUUUUUUUUAAAAAAACCUGUUCUGAUCUUAUAGCUGUCAUUAGCAUUACUGGAGUUAUGCAAUUGCAUAUAAUUGCAUUAUAAACAUGUUUAUAACUUAGCCAAAAUGUUGAUUUUUAUAACUAUCAAAGACAUGAGAGUUGAAAUUUCUUAUGUGUCUUUUGAUAAACUGCAGUAUUGUUUUAAGUGUAUCUUGUCUUUUUGUUUAUUGCUACAAUUUAAGAAUUUUAUUUAAAAUCAGUUUUGAAAGAAUACUAGGUACAGCUUUUGGAGCAGGGACUUUUUGAACUGUAGCCACAUGGUCAACAAGUAAAUUACACGUGCAUUUGGUUUCAUGUACAUUGUGCAUUUCGGCCAAUCCAAAGUACUGUACUUCCAUUGACUAUAAAGUUUCCUUUGCAAUAUUCGUUCUUACAUAGUCCCUUGUAGGUACACUUCUCAUUAUUUAAAUAAGAACAAGACUUCUCUGAACUAUUUUAGUCUUCCUCCACUCAGCUGAAAUGCUUUAAAAUACUAAAACCUGAAGAGAUGCAGUGCAGAUCUUAUAAUGCACUUUGAUAUAGUUUAUCAUCUUCUGUUAACGCAUUUCCCAGUAGACAGGAUGUCAUAGUCUGGGUCUCCUGCUGAAGUCAAACUUUAAAAAGAGGCCUUUCAGCUUCUAUACUAAGACAACAAAAUUUUUUUUUAAGAACUAUAAGUGUCUCUGCUUAGUCAUGGGGAAAGAAGCACUGGAGUUGGGUUUACUAUACUCUUUAUCUUAGUAGCAAAACGAAGCUGUUACUACAGGGUCUAUAAAUUAAAAUCUCAGCUUCUUUGAGACUGGUUUAAUAUGGACCAGUUUUUCUAGAACCUGCAAAGACCAUAAACAACCAAGAUCUAGAAAAGUAAUUUUUCCACUUAGAAGACCUAACGUACUUUCCAGCUUAUUGAAAGCAAUUAAAUAUAAAUGUUAAUUGCAUAUAUUUUAGUAACUUCUGAAGACAUACUGGUACAUAUUUUAGUAUAGAAGAUUAUCAAGUACAAGAAUUAUAUUCUGCUGCUUGGUGACGAAUAAUGCCAAUUAUAAACCUAAGUGAUGAUCUUAAUGGUCAAGGUAAUAGCUAGAAUAAAGUUUAACUUUGACCCACUUUAGUAGGUUACUUUGUAUGUUAGAUCCAGAAGUAACCUCAAGUUUAAAAUAUUGAAAAAGAACUAAAAGAUUAGGAAAACUGUAUCUUGUGGCAAAUGAUACUUGCAUGUUAAUAAAGAUUAUUGACUGAAAGGUUUAAUGAACACUUGGUGUUUGAUCUUUUUAGCCUUAAUUUUCUGUUUUUCUGAGGAUGUAUGAAACUGCUUCAGUAGUACAUCUGUCACAUGACUGAAUAGUAGGAAUUUUUAUUUGGUUAAAUUUAACAUGAUUUUAUAUAAUAUUGAAACCUUAAUGGUUUUCUGACCCUUGGUAAUUAGUUUACUCUUCGAAUUAUGUGCAAAUCUCCCCGAUAUUUUUUUCUGCACAGAGAAUAGCACCACAAAAUCGUUUUGUUUUAUUCAGUUAGUAUUUCAUUUUGUAUUGUCUAGAUUAUUUAUGCUUUUAAGAUUGCUUAUCUUUCUUACAAUUAUUAUUGGCAGAUAACAGUCUCCUCUUGAAGACCUGUUAAUAUUGAGAGAUACAGUUUAAGCGGUAAAUUUAGCUCAUGUUAAAAUAGAAAUACGUUUAGAGUUAUCUUGCUAUGCAUGGAGCUGUCAUCUUAGCUCUGAAUCAUUUUGCUAAAUUUAUUAAUUAUUCUUUCAAAAUAGUACAGAUAUUCUGAGAAAUACUGUAAAAUUGCUGUUAAAGAUUGAAGAGUGUUUAACCCUCAUAAUUCCUACCUAUGUAGAGGAAAAUUCGUACAAAUUAACAAAGCUGGGAUAUAUUUAGACUUAGCAAUGCUAAGUUGAGCCUCUGUUUAGUUUUAUCUAAUUUUGGUAAAACAUAAGAUCUGGAAAUCAAUAGAUACCAUCAAUUUUAUAAUGGUGUUUUAUUUGCAAUUUUUAAUCUGGUUUAAUUCCAGGCUAGUCAUUUGUGCUAAGAUUUUGUAUUCCUAUUAGAUUAAACUCUUUAAGUAUUAUACCCAGUGGUUUGUUGAUUUAAACAAAUUAUUGGUCUAAACGAUUCUGGUAGAUCAUAGCACCAAACUAAGAGUUAAAAAGUCUAACGCCUUGUGCUAAUAAGCCAUGUGAUCUUGAGCAAGUGACUGAGUCUUAAUUUCACAUCUAGGAAAUUAGGAGACCGCACAUUGAUAGGGUGACAUUGGCCACAUUUUUUAAUGAACAAACAAGAUUGUGUGUGUUGAUGUUGCUUAAAUCUAAAAUUGUAACGUUGCAGAUGAUCAGAAGAAUUGUAAAUGAGAAAAAAACUUUCUUGCUGCAUUUUCUAAGUAGCAGUCUAUAAAUUUCCAUUUUUGCUGCUUUUGAUUAGGCAUUAAAUAUUACACAUCAGUACUAAAUAAGUUAACUAGAUUAAUUUAGAAUCCUUGUUUUCUAUUGCCUGCUAUAUAAAGAAAAUUCCAUUUUAGGUAUGGUCAUCAUUAACUUUGUGAUACAAAGGGAAAUUUAUAUGCUGUUUCCCUACCAGUAAUAUGCAAUGCCAGGUCAAUCCAAAAUUCAAUUUUCAUUUAUGCUCGUUUAUUAAUUCAUCCUGAAUUAGAUACAUAAUUUUUUUUACUUGCAACAUGUUUCUUUAGCUGAAAACAAGACUGUUUCAAAAUGCCUUGUAGAAUACUCCAUUUCCUUUCUCCACAUUUCCUCCCCCUGCGCACACACAUUUUUUUUAAUUUGGAAAAAUUUUAAAUUGCUUUGAGGUGGAACUGGUCUUAAUCUAGGACACAACUGUAUCAGUAUUUGGAGUUUUCCCCUCUUUCUAGAUGCUUACAUUUUUAAUAAAAAAGUUACGUUUAUCUAGAUGUAUAUAUGCUAAGACCUUUAUUUGUGACAGCAUCUGUUGUUUCAUUAUUUACAGAAGUAUGCAUAAGAUGAUAGCUUGUGAUAAGAAAAAUUAAAAUUUCAUGACUUUUUAACUCAACCAGAAUUGUCUAAAAUUUUUCCAUUUGAACCCUUUAUAUCAUGAAGUAAAGCUUAUGAUUAAAUCUACCUAUGCAUACCAACUGGCCCAGGUCCAGUGUUAUGAUUGUUUUUUUAAUACAUCAGAAUUUUAACUAGGCAUAUGAAAUCUUGAUGCAAAUUUACAAAUGUAUUUUUCUUUUGAAUUAGUGUAUACUGUAUCAUUUCUGCCCUUGAAAACUUCAAGAGUCUGUGCAUCCAUCUCAAGUAUAAUUUUGAAUUGUAAAAUACAUUUUCUUCAGACCACUAAAGACCAUUUUUUUUUUCAUAAUUUCAUCAGCUGUUUUUGAAAAUGCAUGUUUUUCUUUUGCAAUAGCCACUAUUUGAAUCAGCCAAUAUAUUCCUUUUUGAUUUUUGUUUUAAUGAGGAUUAGUUAGGUUAGUCCAAGGUUACAGGCUAAUUUACAGUGAGAUUCUAGACCCAGAUUACAGUUCAAAUUAGAACAAACAUGGUGCUUAGAUUCCAGAAACAUCCUAUGAAUGCUACGUUCAGAAAAAGAAGUCAUGUUAAGAGUAUUGAAAUAAUAUACAGAAUAUUGAAAUGGUGGAAUUAGGGUAGGGAGUUAAUGCAUGAGAUGUGCUUAUAAAAUAAUAAAUGCUUUUUAAAGUUUAUGACAUUUCUAUCCAAAUGAACAUCAUCCUUCACUUAGUAGGGCUAUUGUUGCUCAAAAAUGUUUCUGGAACUGACUUCAGAGCUUAUAAUAAAUGUUCUUUUG